GCAUAUUAUUUGAAUCACACCUCGGAACCAUAUCAAAGAACAAUUAAUUACACUACGAAACUACGAAAUACUGGGAAAUCUCUUGAUUUAAGAUCUAAUUCACCUAUGAGAUGGGAAACGAGAACAGCUCACACUCUAAAGAUAGUCGUAAUAGACCACCUCGUUCUCUCAAGAAUGAUCGACACUCGUCAAGAUCCACUUCGGUCGAAUCACCUAUGUCACAGGAGUCUGUUGAGCCAGUCGAAACUACUCAAAUAGUUCAAGCCGAGAAUAUCGAACGACCGGAAUCUACGGAAACAGUAGAUGUCGAAGAAAGUCCACAUCAAGCUCUACUAUUAGCGAUCAAGGAAGCUAUGCUAUCAAGCAGACAAGAAAAUCAGGUUGAACACGCAGCAAUAGCAAUUUUAUCAAAUAUAGAAGAAAUCACACAGAGUAGUUCUUCUGAACAAGAAACAAAAGAAAAUACUGCGAAGUUUAUAAAAGUGUUCGUAGCUGUUGGUUUACCUAAAAUAUUCAUGGUUGAAUUUAAGAAAGCUGCUGCUUUCCUAACUGAAAGAUCAAUUACUGAAACUUCCGUUAGUCUAUUUAAAACAGUUGGAAUAUUAGUAGAAAUGUUUCGUUUAUUAUCAUCCUACGGAAAAUCCGAAUGGGUUAAACAUAUGGACGACGAUAGUGGAAAAAAAGUGGCUACAGUUUUAAUAAAUAUAUUAAAUUGGCACGGAACAGAUAGAGUUCCUUCCCUAGACCUGCAUGCGUCAUUGAUAUGCUCAAUCUGCAAUUUUUUAUCUGUUAUUUAUAUCGAUCCACUUACGGAUACAGAAAUGAAAGAAGUUGUUAAAAAUCAUUUAGAAAAAUUAAACGAAUUAAAUCAUUCAGAUGUGAAAAAUGCCGCAUCGAAUGCUUUAUUACUUAUACAAUUAAAGGAGACUGCUCGUAAUAGAGAACCACGAGUUGAAGCUGAACUUUUACAGCAAAUUCAACAAUUCGGUCAACUUCUUGAUCGUAGAAAUAAUCAAACUCAAAUUUCUGAUCGUCAAAAGCAAAUUGAAGCUGUGAAGUUAGUUGAAGUUGGAAUGCAUCGUGUUUUGGUAGAGAACAUAAAACGUUGGCUGUUAAGUCCACAUAAAUGGGCUGCUUUUAAUCAAAGUGGUAAAAUGUCAUCGGAUGUAAACGAAUGGUUUUCCCAAGUUGCUGCUAUGUGUAAAGUAUCGAAAUUGUUUUGUACAGCUAUCACGAGAGCAGGUAUACAUACACCUCUCAUCGAUUUCUUAAAUAAUGAUCAAGUACAAGACGCUUUCGAAAGGAAUGAUAAAACGCAGGCAAUCGUUGCAUUCUCCAUAUCGACAUUAAAUUCAAUUGGUGGUCAGCGAAUGGCAAGAAGGCUCUUAGACAAUUCGCAAGUUUCAAAGGUAUUGGUUUAUUAUGCAACAACGUCGAAGAGUGUAAACGUUACUGGUUUAUCCUAUUUGGCUUUAAGUCGUUUAGCGGCUUUAUGUCCAUAUAAAUCGAAAGCUGAACUAGGUCCGAAUCCAACAUUAAGUGAUUGCGAGAUGUUGUUAGCAACUUACGCAGCAUAUAAACAGUUAGGAGGUGUCCUUGGCGACUUUCUAGCGAAAUAUACUGAUUUACCAAAAAUAUUUACGAAAGCGAUGCUUGAAUUGUCGGUAAAAAGCGAAGAACCUCUAGACGAGUCCGAUUUUAAAUUGAGAAUAAGACCAGUAAUUGCUUCUAUUUCAUUAUUCUCUGACAAAAGUCUGCAAUUUUCUGAAUCCGUAGUAGAGCAUGGAAUUUCUGCUGCAGUGGAAAAGCUUCUUAGUAGUAGAAAUUAUAAAAUAAAUAUAAAGGAGGAUAGGUACGGUGAUGUACUUAACGUCUGCACAAAUUUAGUCGCCUAUUGCCUUCGUAGUCGCAAAUCAUGGAAAAGCUUUGAUAGACCGAUUUUAUGGAAAAGUCUCUUUGAUAUAGCAAACAAUGAAUCUUUGGGUAAGGAUCACGUUCUUAGAGCAACUUCUAUGCUAGGUUUUGUACAAGUGUACAAUGUAAUACGUCAAUCGGACAGUAUAAUACAACCUUUUGGUAAGCCUGAAUUCCCAUCGCUAACUGCUUCAUCAAACGAUAUGGCUUUGCUUUUAAGAUUGUGGAAUUGUACAAAUGACGACGAAGAAAAAAUGUUGGGUGAUUAUUUAGCCUUUUUAAAUUUGGGUACAAUUUAUGCAAAAAAAUGUAUCGAACUAGUUCCUACUACAAAAUCAAUAUCUGAAAUAUUGAAUGAUAAUGAUAGUGUUGUUGAAACACGUCAAAUGUUAGCAAUUAUUAAUAAUAUUGUUCUGGAAUCAGAGAUUUUUGCAGUUCAGCUAUGCCAGGGAGGUCUUCUAGAUUGCCUUUGCUCCAUACUACAAGCUCCGCAAUCUAUAAAAGGAUUAGCAAAUUCCCUUCUCGAACCAUCAGUUUGUAUUUUACACGGAUGCGCGUUAUACGAAAAAAGUAUGCCAUUUUACGCUAAAUCUAAAGUAAUGGAAGCUUUGCUGCCCUACGUAGUUCCUGAAGCUUUAAAUAUCAAAGAUCUUGCCGAUGAUCUUAAGAGGCGGGCGGGGACUGCUGCCCUUUUAAUAAACUACUAUGACCCCAUUCAAGUACAACCGUUUUUAGAGAAUAUUCGAAUUAGGAAAUCAUCUUUUGACCAACUUCAAUACUUAAAAAAUAUGUACGCGUCCACCAAGGUAGCUCAAAAAGAUCAAAGGAAAAUGCUUAUGAAAUAUUUAAAUGACUGUGGUUUAGCGAAGGCUAUGGCAGAACAACUGCAACAAAUGCACACUAAUGACACUCUUGUAGAAGAGUUCGCCCUGACCGACUUACUAUUGACAAAUAUGCUAAAUAUGACAGAUUCCGACGAAAGAUUCUCUAAUGAAUUAAGAGAUAAUGAUGCUCUUUUAGCUGUUCAAGAAAUUGUCAGAGAUCCAAGAGUUCGACAACAAUCAACAACAGACGGUAAAUAUACAGCCAUAGUUGGAACGGGACUAAGUAUAUUAGCCAAUUGCGCUCAAUAUCAGUCAAACCGUAAUGCUUUGGUAGGAAUGCGCAUGAUAGAUGAUUUAUUACUUUACGUACAAUUGGAUGGGCAUCUUGAUACUCUCAGGGUUCCGGCUAUGAUGACAAUUUCCUUUCUAGUAAAUGAGGAUAAUGCACAUGUUUUAAGAACAACUUCGCGUGACCGACUUUUACGCUAUAUGUUGGAACAACUGGAGCAAUGCGCCCUAAAUGAUGUAUCGAAUGGUUAUAAACCUUCUGAAUUGCUAUGUGGCUUGAGACGAUUGGCGUUGAAUGAGACAAAUGCAGCUGCAUUAGUUUAUGAAGACACACUUCCUUUAUUGGCAACUCUUAUUGAACAUUUUUCAACAAAAUCGCUAAAUCAAACGGAGAGUCUUGAACAUUCUCUUUACUUGCUGUGGACUCUGCUGUUUAUUGACGAUAAUAAGAAAGCUGUAAGAGAUGAUACAAUGCUUAUUGCUCAACUCGAGGAAUUGGCUAAGCAAGAAUAUGCUGAUAUAAAUAUCAGACAAAUUGCCCAAGGCGUCCUUUUUGAAGUUGAUAUUACAGGCUCAAGGUCAUUACCUGUUUUAAAUAGACAAUUAUCAAUGAAAGAUAGUUAUUCCACGCCAAAAACAUAUAUCUCCUUUGAUAAUAGAGAUAUUUCGGUUGCCCAAUGCGUCAGCUAUUACCUACGCGGAAGAAAUGUUGACGUCGUUACCACUCGCGAAAUACUUCAGAGUGCAGUAAAUCCUUAUUCAACAUUGUCAAGAAUUGUUAAAUCUGUUCCAGUAAUUAUUGUUAUCAUGUCAAGGCAUUACAUUCAAAGUUCCCAUUCAAGAACCGAAGCCCAACUAGCCGCUGCAUGGAGAAAAAAAAUAUUACCCGUCAAGGGUAGAAGAUUGAAAAUUGGCGGAUGGUUAGCAAGACUAACAGUUGGCUUACAUACAAUCGAUUUGUCAAAAAGAGUUCCAGAUCACUGUAGACAAAAAUCUCUGGAGGAGAUAUAUGAAUCGGUAGUUAACGAAAUUAACCCAUAAGAAAAGAAAUACAUUAUCAAAAAAAAAUGAAUCAUUUUCAAUAGAAAAUGAUAUUUUAUUUAUUUUCCCAUUCAACUAAAAUUAAUAAGAGAAACGAAAGGAGGAAUAGACAAAAAGAAUGAUAGAAAAUUAUUAAGAUUUAAAAGCGAAAGCAUAUGUGUGUGUGAGUGAGUGUAUUUUUUUUUUUAAAAAAACAAAUGUGACUUUUUUUUAUUUGUAUUUACACAUAAAUUUAUAUAUAUUUUUAUCUCGAAUUUAUUCAUUUAUUUAUAUUAUAGUAUACGUGUAUGUGUAUUUUAUCUACUUUUAUUUGGCCAUAAAUAUAUAUUAUAUUGAAUGGAUUAAACUAGAAUACUGCUUACUGUACAUAGAUAAAUUGAAAAUGGAUUAUUAUUCUUUCGUGCUUUUUGAGGAAGAUAAAAUAAUUAAGUAAGAAUUUUAUGUAGGUUUUUUAGUUCGAUGUUUAUUCAAGCAAGAAAAUGCAUAGGGUGAGAAGUUUUCAAAAGAGACACAAAGAAAAGAGAGAAAGAGGUAUUAAGAAACAAAAAUAGAACUAUGACUAAUAAUGAAAUAGGCAGAGGUUGCUGAAAAAAAAAAUGUUUUCUCUUUUGCAUAAUGACUCAUUAUUUCUCUUCUUUUUUUUUGCAGUAUAUUUGCAUAAUUAUAUUAAUUAAUUACAAAGUCCUUUUUUGUAACCAGUACAUAUUAUUUUAUCUAUUUUUUUCUCUUUAUUUUCCAGAUUAAAAGUGCAAUCAAUUCUCUCUUUACUCUCUCUCUCUCUCUCUCUCUCUCUCUCUCUGCUUUCAACAGAGUUUUUUUUUCUGUGUCUCAUCCCCUUUAAAAUAGACGAAUUAAAAAAAGUUUUUAGACGUUCAUACGCCCAAGUCUAUAUAGGCAGAAAAAGAGAAUAGAAAACAAGACUAUUCCUUCUCUAAGCUUAAUCAAUACUGUUACGGCUGCAUGCAAAAAAUUGAAAUUUCAUUGGAACGCUAUGAUGCUAUUAAAUAUCUGUUGUUUCGUCAACUUUCUUUAUCCAAGGCCAUUUUUUUUCUUUAUAGAUUUUAACUAAAAGGCGUGUAAUGACGGCUGCUGCUGGUAUUAGGGCACCGGCAAACAUGUAUAUGACAGGAGCAACUCCGGCAAGGUCAGACUCUGGCGAAUCGUAUGUCAGCUGAAUCAUUAGAAGAGAUAGUGCCAUAUUUUGAAAACCAGUUUCUAGACCAAUAGUGAUUGCUUUAUCUCUACCUUGUCUGAAUAUAAACCCAGCCGAAGUUCCCAAUAUAUAACCGAUACUUGAGAGCAAUAUAACUCCUAAGUAUUCUCUCCAAGUGGCAACUUGGAGAGCGUAGUAGUAUACAUAGAUGCCAAAUGAUAAAAAUACUAAGCCAAUAAUAACAAUGAACGGCUUCAAAUAUUUUUCGAUGACAUUGGAAAUCUUGACUGCAAAAUUUGUCAGAACAACUCCUAUUAAAACUGGAACAAUUACAGCUGCUAAAGAAGUAAAGACAUUAACAACUGGAAUCUCAAUUUUAGCUCCAUCGUCUAUAAUAAAUCUACUAAGUGCCCACAACCAAAAUGGAGUUGUUCCGAGAGCGGUAAAAGUCGAUAUGGUUGUCAUAAUAAUACUUAAUUCUAGGCUUGCAUCCAGUAAAACCGCAAACACAUUACUUCCUGCUCCACCGGGCGAACAGCCAAUACUAACUAAACCAAUUGAUGGAUAAGAGGACAUUUUUAACAUUCUGGUCAAGAGAAGAGAAACUGGUGCCAUUAUUAAAAAUUGACAUAAAAAUCCAAUUAUUGGCGCAACUGGUUUCUUUAAAAUUUCUUUGAUUUCUUUCCAUUUAAGUUUACAACCAAAGCCAAUAUUAUUAAAAACUAUUAAAAUUCCCAAGGUUAUCUGAAAAGCCAACUCUAAUUUUUUUGCAUUUGGUCGUUUAACCUUAACUUUUAUUGGUGGACCAACUUCACAAUUUGAAUUCUCACCAGAUGGCAAUAAUCUAAUUUUAGUUAUUCCAAGUCUUUCUGCAUUUAUCUUAAUAUUUAUCCUUUGGAAUCCAUUUUCUAUUAGGAUAAAAUUAUUUUGUCUAUUAUCGAAGGAUGCAACAUUAUAGUCAUCCGACUUGAACGAUACUUGAUUAGCAUGAGGAAGGUUGGUUACAUUUAAUAUAAUUUGCUUUUGAAUAGCGUUAUCUCCCGCUGUAAGGUAGAUUACAUUCGAUUCAGUUGUAUUUGAAACUAUAACGUCUAUUUUACACUGUUCAUAAGGUGCUAUUAAUAUAGUUAUUAAUGAAAGAAUACCCAAAGUCUCCAUUUCUCAUUUGAUAACAAUCAAUAAAGAACUUGGUAAAAUCUGCCAAAAGAAUAAAUCUAAAUCAAGCGUAGGAAACCUUAAUAGCUUCUUACAUAAUUACAUCUUUCUUUAUAUACAUCAAGGGAAGUUAAGAGGAGAGAAAGAAAACGGAGAAGAGAAUGGAGAGAAUGAUUUCAAUAAUCGAUGUAUCUCUCUCAUAUCUCAUUUCUUUAUUUGUAAUUUUUAAACUCUAUAUAGGGUAUAAAUUUUCAACGCAACACUUACUUUGUUUCAGUUGUUAUUCACUUGGGUAAGAACUCUUUCCGAUUUGUUUUUUUGAUGCAGUGGUGCUGCACUCUAGUCGGUUAAUACGAUUUACAAAGCGAAAACACAUCGAUAGCUAUCCUUGGUCACCUUUUUUCUAUCUGUCGUUGCUUCAGUACAACUGUAAAUUUUCAACAAGUGUAUGUGACUAAUAUAUAAUAUCUCAAGGGCAUAUUAUAGGCGUACCAAAGUCAAAUAAUAAAUAUCUUGAAUGAAUAGAGGGAAGAAAGAAAAAGAGAACGAAAGAAAGUUUGAGAAUAUGUCUAUGAAGAGACUGAAAAGGAGUAUAAAUGUAUUUGUGUGUGUGUGUGUGUGAGUGUGUGUGAGUGAGAAAGAGAGAGAGAAAACAAGGAAAAGGGAGAUUAGUAUUAACCGUAAAGAACGUACUGUAUAUAUAUAUGUCGAUUUUAUAAACGUUAUACAGUAUAGUUGGGUGAAUAACCUCGAUCCUUUGAAAAUUUAUUCUAUGAAAAAAAACUUACACAGUGCAAAUCUCACUAAUUUGUACAGGUGUGUAUUUUUUUAAAGUAUUUAAGAUACUUAAUUCACCGUAAAAGUAGUAUUUAUCAGGUUCUUGUUAAAAAAUAUCCCUCAUGAGAAUUAUUCCAUUUUGAAUGUAU